AUGGAUUAAGAGGAAUUUGGAGAAAUUGAUAAUGAGGAAUUGAGCCUGGAAGAAUUCAAUUAUGAGGAAGAUCUAAUGGGAGGAGAUGAUGACCAAUAGAUGCCCAAUAAUUAAUAACCAAAAAAUGAUUAGAACAAAAAUCCAAUUUCAAAUCAAAGAACUCACACUCCUUACCCACCUGAGGAGGAAGAAGAGGGCGAAGUCUAUUAAUAUGAAGAUUAGAGUGAGGAUUUAGCUUAGCAUAAUGACAACGAAGAAAAUGUAUAAGAAGAAGAAGUCUAUGAAGAAGUUCCUGAAGAUAAUGAAUAAUAUAACGAGGAAGAAAAUGAAGAAGAACAAUAUGAUGAAGAUUAUGAAUAAAAUGACUAUGAAGAGAAUUACGAUGAAUUCGAGCAGGAAAAUCCUAAUAAUAACAAAUAGAACAAAGAAGUUAAAGAUAAUAAAAAUGCUUAAUCUGAUAAAUCGGCUCCUCUUUUAGAACCUCCAAAGAAAAAGAAGAGACCUCCUCUGCCUAUCUAACCUAUUAAAUAGAAACCCACCUAUUAAGAGAAAUAUGCAGAGCUAAUGGCUCCUUAAGAUUACUCUAAUUGGAAACCAAAACAGUUGCAUGAGGAAAACAAGUUACUCAGAUAGAAGCUUAAAGAAAUCUCUGAAGAAGUGACUAAAUUAGUCGAGCUGAAUGCUUAACGUGUAUCAUCACUACCAUAACCGUAGCCAUAAAUUAAGAGAUAGAAAACAGCACAAUCUUAACUCUCGGGCGUUUCUGUAAUUGAUAAGGAGAUUGAAAUUAAUCAAAAAAAGUUAGAGUAAUAGGAAGAGGAGAUUAAUAAAUUAACUACCAGAUUGCAACAAAUAUAAUAGGUGAACUACAUCAUGAAGUUGGAUGAGGAGAUUAAGAAAUUUGAAGAUGAAAUGAAGAAGUUAGAACAAAGAAAAAAGUAAGAAUAUUUGUAACAGAAACAACGAGGCAAAGAUCUUGAUAAGUAUGAGAAUCAAGAUGGAUUUGACAAGUUGAAUAAAGAAAGGAACAAUCUAAAUCAAGAGAUUGCCAAUAUUAGGAAGAAAAUUAAGGAACAAUAGGAGUAAUACAAUAAACAGAAGGAAACAAUCAAAAACACACAAGAAGUUGAACUCCCUAAAAUCAAUAAGGAACUAAGGCUUUUGGAAGAAGAAGCUGAAAAGUAUAGGAUUGACAUUAGUGGACAUAAACCGUUCAGUAAAUAAAAAGAACAAUACCUUAUGCUAUUGGCUCAAAAGGACAAUUUGUUGAAACAUAAUCUAAUUAUGGAAAAGAAGGAUAAAUAAUUGGAAAUGAUAGAGAAGGAAAUCAAAGAAUUGAAAAAAGAAAAAGAAUUCUUUAACCAAUAAAUUAAUACAAAUGAAAUGAUGUUAAUUGAUUAGAGAAAAAUAAAGGCAGAAUUAAAAGAAAAAAUACCAACAGAUUAGUUAAAAGAUAUGCCUGCUAUCAUGACUUAAGAAAAUAUUUCUGAUGAAUUAUAAUAUGAAAGAAUGCAAAUAGAAAGUCAAAGAAAAUUGUAGAGUGCUAAACCCCCUAUGUCUAAGCAGGAAUAAAAUCAUAAUAAAGAAUUAAAAUUACCUGUUAAAUAAGAUUAAAAGUCAUAAUAAUUAACAUCAAAGAAUGAAGUAGAAGAAGAAAUUAUAUGUGAAGAUGAAACUGAAUAAUAAUAGCAAAUAAAGUAAGAAGAGAAAAAAUAAAUUCCAAUCUCAAAUUCUACUCCAUUAAAAUAAGAAUAAUAAUAACAAUAAUAAUAACAAUAACAAUAAUAGUAAUAAUAAUAGUAAUAAUAAUAAUAAUUUUAAUCUCCUAAUCAAUAAAAUAAAUUAAAUUCAAAACCUUUUAGUAAUCUAAGAAAAUCAGUUGAUUAAUAACCUUCUCUUGAUUUAGGUUAAAGCAAUGUAAGCAAUUAAUAAAGUAAUACUAGCGAUGUUUAAACAGAAUAUACAGGUCCUUCUAGAAUGAUGAGAAUGAAAAAACCAUAAUAAAAUAAAUCAGAAGAAACUACACAAUUCAUAAUUCAUGCUUCUAAACCGGUUGAGCAACCACGAGAUCAUCACAAAGAAAUAAAUGAAUAAAACAAUAAACCUAUUGAAUAACCCAUACAACCUGAAUAACCAAAACCUGUUGAGGAUUAUCAACCUACUUUUCCAACGAGAAGAGUAUCCAACAGACCCAGAGGAUUGGAUUAUAAUUCAAUAGAAUAAUAAUAACAACAAUAACCAUCAUAAUCAACUUAAUAAACUUAAUAAACAGUAGAACAACCAAUAUUAAUUAAUUAAAAAUAAGAACAAACAUAAUAAUUAGAAUAUCCUACUAGAAGAAGAAAUAGAGGUGGCUAAGAGGAAUAGUUAGAAUAGAAUAAUAGCUAAUAAUAAUCAUAAUAAUAGUCAAUUUCCUCAUAAUAAUAAUCUAUAUCUUCUCAAUAAACAUAUCAACCAACUGAUGAUAGUAAUAAAUAGCGUAGAAUUAAACUAUUUGCUGAUGAAAAGUAGCCUGAAGCUCCUAAAACUGAAGAACCCGCGUAUGAAUUUCAACCAAGACAAGAACCAGCAAAACUAUAAGGAAGAAGAAAUAGGGGCAAUAAUAAAUUAAAUAUAUGGGAAGAUUAGCCAGUUUAGAAGGAGAAUAUAGAAGAAAUAUAAGAAAUUAAAGAUGUAAAAUAAGUCCCAGAAGUUCAACAUAAAGAAGAGAGAGAAAUGACUCUGGAUGAAAUUUUAGGAGGUCAAAAGCAAUAGGAAGAGUAUAGACCCAAUCAACAAAGAAGAAAAUUUGAAGUUCCUAAGGAGGAUAAUGAAACCUAUGAACCUGGAUUUGGUGGUGGAGGAAAUAGAAGAGGAGUAGGAAAUCAAUAAAAAAUAGAUAAGUAAAAAGAAUUGGCUUAAAAGGCUGAGAAAGGGGACUUAUUAGAUGAUUUUGACUUUUGA